AUGGCUGUAGAUUUCCUAAGUCAGUUGGAGUCAGCAGCAAAAAUUAUGCUGGCUCCACCUCAAUACAUCACUGGUGAACAAAGAAAUGCAGCUGAAGCAGUUUUUAUGAAUUUCCGAAAAACAAAAACACCCUAUGGCUUGUGCAAACAUAUAUUUGAAUCAAGCACAGUUGAUUAUGUGAUUUUCGAAACUGCGAGUACUUUAAAAGAGGCUCUCAUAAGAGAAUGGAAGGAUCUGAGUGAAUCAGAAUUAUUAGAAUUGCGUCAAUACCUUUUAGAGUAUACGAUGCAAAAGCCCACUUUAGCACCUUUUGUUCGAGAAAGGAUCCUCCAAGUAAUAGCCAUUAUGGUUAAAAGAGGAAGUGUUAAUGAUUAUGGUAUUGAAAGGGGGAAAAUUCUUCAUGAUGUUGAACAAUUGAUAAUGAGUGGUGAUCUUCCUAGGCAAGUUUUAGGUUGUAGUAUAAUAUCAUCCUUGAUGAUUGAAUAUGGAAAUACAGUGAAAUCCUCAGAUGUUGGUCUUACUUGGGAAACACACUUCAAGGCUAAAAAACAAUUUGAGGCAACUGAUUUAAAAAAGAUACUUCAAGUUUGUGUGAGAGCAUUUUCUCAAAUUAUUGAGCUGCCUACACCAUUUGAGCCAAGGAAUGUAACACUUCUGAAGCACCUUCUGUCAAUAUCUGAAUCUGUUUUCACUUGGGGAUUCAUUACUUCAGCUCUGCCCAAGCGUUUGAUUGGUGCCUUUGAAGCAGCAUUUGAGGCCGAACAGUUCCCAUCCUUGAAGUUGACUAAUCGAUGGAGAGAUUUGAUUUUAGAUCAAAAUGUUGUCAAUCUUUUCUUUAGCAUCCAUUGGAAGAUACGUGAUAUACCGAACUUGGCACACCACUCUCUCAGUUGUUUAGCUCAACUUGCUUCCCUGAAUGGCACAAUUGUUUCAGAAAAGGAACUUCGCACUCAGUAUUUUUCUAAUUAUAUCCAGUGUUUCAUCAAACUUGUUUCUAGUAUAGAAGUUUUAGAUAGAGAAGCAUUGGGUGUUUCAAAUAUCAUCCGGAAUUUGCUCACAUAUUAUCCUCCUAAUUUGAUGGUGACCCUACCAGACGACUUAUUGUAUAAUUUUCUAGAGCAGGUUACUCGGUUGACUUGUUUCUUUACUGAAGGUGCUGCGCAUGAAGAAUCAAUACAUUGGGACGAUUGUAUGUUUAUGGAAGCCUGUGAAAAUUUAUUGAAAGUUUGGAUGACAAUAUUACAUGAAUCUCAAUUAUUUUCUGAUGUUUUUUGUAAACAGGCUGCAAUUCAAAUUUUCAAUACUUAUUUGAAAUGUCACCUUUGCCAGCCCGAUGGAAACAGGGGCACUGGUAGAGAGUUAGAAGCAGAAGAAAUUGAAGAGACUGAAGAAGAUGAUAGGGUCAAGUUUAGAGAUCAGCUUCAGUCGAUUGGUGCACUUGGUAGAAGAGUUCCUGAACAUUCUAUUCCUUUAUUAGCUAAGCUAUUAGAGAAUAGAACCGUUAGUCUCCAUGCAAAUCUAGAGAGGAUACAUCAAAAUGCCUUCAAUAUAAGUAACUCAAAUAGUCUUACCUAUUUAUUUGAAGAUCUUCAUUGGUUAAUAUUAAUUUCAGGGCAUGUGGUAGCAAUGGAAGGUGAGGGCGAAACUGCACUUAUUCCUUCUGAGCUGAUGCAGUAUAGUAUUAGGCAACGUGCGCCCGUAGAUAUCACCCUCAAAGUUCUUGCUUCUCCAAAUCUUCCCAUCACUGAAAUAUCUGGUGCUGUGGAUUCAGCUGACCAUGUUGUGAGAUUGGUUUCUGCAGUUCUGAGGUUGUGUGAAGUAGAAAGGAAAGUAGUAGAAGCAAAACUGACCCAACUUCUCAGCCCUGAAGUUGGUGCUAGUAUUCUUUGGUUCUUAAAAAUUUGGUCACUGGCUUAUCUUUUGCCUAAUGAGACCUAUUAUGCUGAGAUGAGCAUGCCAUUCCUAUCAGCAUUCGGUCAGCACUCUGAAGGAGCAAUGUGGACGGUUAACUAUCUUCUCGGAAAAGUAGAAUCUAAUCUCAGAACAUUUAGUUCAGAGCCAACAAUAACGGACGGUUCUGUUCAACUUCUGAUAGGACUUGUAGAUCUGAGAGAUAAGGCUGGCUUUGUAUUGAAGAGUGAAGGAUUGUGGAGAAUUUUAGAACUUCAUCAAAGAAUGGAUUCUAGAAUAUUACCACCUCUUGCUAAAAGAGGUCUAAUGAAGGCAUUUGUACUUGCUGGUGCUGGGCUUGAAGACUCUACCAAGAGAGAGGAGUAUUGGAACCAGAUCCUAAAUCCUAUAUUGGAAUGGUUUCGGAACAUUAUCAGGCAGGAAAGUUUCAAACAAAACUUCCAGGAUGAAAAUAUUAAGUCUGGAAUAAUAAAUAUCCUUGAAUCAUUUGUUGGGGUGGCACAAGGAACUCAAGUCAUGACGGUUCAUUCUAUAUUUCAUCUGCUCUCUCCUUUAUUAUCAGAAUGUGCAAACUUGGCUGGUGUUUAUUGCAAUUUUCAGAUGAUUAUUGAGCUGAUUCUUGAAUUAUUUUGUGACUGUGCCAGAUCCAUGCUUUGUUAUCUUACCCCUACUGAGAGUAGAGUGUUUUAUGAAGCUUGCCUACAAACUAUUCAGAUGUAUGCUCGCUCUAAUCUUGGUAGAAGGAGCCUUGAAGCGGGCACUGAAGAAGAUGCAUUCCAUGAUAUUCAACUCCUUAUGGAGUUGCUGACAACUCUGUUAUCAAAAGACUUCAUAGAUCUAAGUCCUGCAGUUGACCCUGUCAAUGGUGACAACAGUGGUGUUACGGCUUCUGACAUUUGUUUAUUUGGACUCAAUAUACUGAUGCCACUGAUGACCGUUGAUUUGUUAAAGUUUCCUUCUUUAUGUUUACAAUAUUAUAAAAUGGUGACAUUUGUAUGUGAGUUGUGUCCUGAGAAAAUAAUGUCUCUUGGCGAAGACCUCUUACGAGGAAUAUUAAAUACUGUACAAUUGGGACUCCAGUCGUUUGGCCAAGAUGUAAAUAAUCUGUGCUGUGAUUUCAUUCAGGCUUUAGGAACUCAUGUGCACUCGACAGGAAGACAUACCACAUUUACUUAUCUUGCUCCAUUUGUCAAGCUAUUAAUGGAAAUGAUUCUUUUACGACAAGUAAACUCAGAUGUUCUUCCUAAUACUGGACUUGCAUUGUUUGUUCUCAUAUGCUGUUAUCAGGAGGAAUAUGGCAGAGUAGUUGAAACUUGGAUCAAUGCACAAAAUGAUCCUACCAUUGCACAGAGGCUUGCUGCAGCUUUCACCGAUCUCACUGCUAAUGUUUCAUUGAAUACAGACAGAGGGCAGAAGGCCAGGUUUAAAGAGUCAUUUGAUAAAUUUAUAAUUGAUGUGCAUGGGUUUCUAUUGGUCAAAUAA